CAAGUAGUAGACUCUAUUAAUUAAGAAGCAUCACUGUUUCUGUGAAACAAAUUCUGUAAAGAGGGAGAUCUAUUUCUGUGAAAUGAAAGAUGACGCCAGUGUUUUUGAAAGCGGUAUUGUCAAGCUUAUUUAUCUGGUAGAAAGAGGAUUUGUUCUAGACCUGUCCUGGCAAACAAUCACCACAGMCCAGAAGAAAAGAGUAGACCUAUUGCAAACUGCGCUGAAUCAACAAGUGGGCCUGCWGACCUGCUCUGCUGAGAAGCCCUUCGGCUUGAAGAGGCCGGAGCUCUUCAGACUUCUCUCAGCUGAUGGGUGAAACUCUCAACCAGCAGCUUUUAAACUGAGUUGCGGUUUUGAGACUGUAGCCCUUGAUGGACCUUUGUAUGGAAAGUGAUACUUCAGGGCGUAUACUGUAUGGUAGGAAUGAUAGUCUGGGAGGGCAAGGCUGGGGGAUAAUAACCAUGAGACUGGUUAUCUCCUCUGGGGUCCUGGAGCAGCUUACCACCUCGAUAAUAUUUCUAUACCUUUCUAGAGCCUGUGAGGCUAAAAUGCACCAGGGGAGUAGCAGGUAUAUCAGAAAGGAUGGCUAUUUUGGCUAGACACCGUGUUUCCCCCCUGUUUGACCUGUCUUGUGUUUCUGUUUCAGCUGUCAUCCUCUAACUKCUUUUCUCCCAGCUCUCGGGCUCUCGCUGCUGGAGCGCCUGCCGAGGGGAGCCCCGUCCCGCCGACGGACCUGYGGAGGCUCCCUGCUCUCCAAGCCYUUCCCCGCUUCCCUGCGCCCGGCUGGAGGCCGGGGCUGAGCUAGAGCCAACAUYGGGGUGCCCCAGUGSCCUAGCUUCCCUCUGAGGAUAUGUGCUGUGCUUGUCCUGCUUUGUGCUCCUGCCUGCAGUAGGAAUAAGGCUGCCCUGGCUGAAAAUGUCUCAAAAUCCUGACAAGCCACAUACAAGUGGAGAAAAGCCAAGUGCUCAGGAGGACGACCAGGAGGCGAGCGUGGACAGUGUGGAUCAGUCCGUCAGGAAGCGAAUACGACAGAGUGCUCCUGCUUCACACAGAGAUGAAACUCCCAAGUCUAGUCCUCCUCGGCUGGUGUCCAUAGAGGAGCUAAUGGAAACAGCGAAGGGAGUAACCAACAUGGCAUUAGCACAUGAGAUUGUGGUGAACGGGGACUUCCACAUAAAGCCAGCCGAAUUACCGGAACACAGCUUGGAAAAAAAAGUAAGAGAUAUUGUGCACAAAGCUUUCUGGGAUUGCCUGGAAGCCCAGCUACAGGAAGAGCCACCAACAUAUGACCAUGCAAUUAAGCUGCUGGGAGAAAUUAAAGAGACCCUCUUGUCUUUCUUGCUGCCUGGUCAUACUAGGCUAAGAAACCAGAUUACGGAAGUUCUUGAUCUGGAUUUGAUAAAACAGGAGGCGGAAAAUGGGGCCCUGGACAUUUCCAAGUUGGUGGAAUUUGUUAUUGGGAUGAUGGGGACCCUCUGUGCUCCAGCUCGAGAUGAAGAAAUUAAGAGGCUGAAAGAUAUUCAUGAAAUAGUUCCUCUGUUCAGAGCAAUUUUCUCUGUGUUAGACCUAAUGAAAAUGGAUAUGGCAAACUUCGCUGUCACUAGUAUUAGGCCAAAAUUAAUGCAGCAGUCUGCUGAAUAUGAAAGAAAGAAGUUUCAGGAGUUUCUUGAGAAACAGCCAAAUUCCUUAGACCUUGUCACAGAGUGGCUGCAAGAAGCCGCCGAUGACCUCGCGAAGCUGCGGUGUAAAAAGCUGCUCUCCCAGUGCGGCGAUGACGACGGGGCUGCGGCUGGAGCCUCUCCCCUGAGCCCCGCUGCUGUGCAGAACCAGGCCUAUCUGAAGCUCCUGAAGUGGGAUCAUGCGAACAGGCCUUUUCCAGAAACGGUGUUAAUGGACCAGGCCCGGUUUCAGGAAAUACAGCUGGAGCUGGAGCAGCUCCUGCUGACGGGGACCGUGCUCCUGGUGACGUUCAGCGCGGCGGGCUCGGCGCUUGCUGGUAUCCCUGGCUUUGCCGAGAAAAUCAAAGCCAUCGUCAAGGUGCUGCUGGCAGGAAUGCACCUUCCCUCCUUCAACACGCGGGAGGCCUUGGCCACGGUGGGCGAGAAGGUGUGCGCGGAGCUGAGCGGCUGCCUGGCGCGGCACGGCUUCGCGCCCGUGCCGCCCGGCAGCGAGGCCGCCCUCAAGGGCCAGAUCCAGGCCGCGGCCAACGCCGACAACGCCAUCUGCUCCCUCAUGGAUUCUCGAAUCCAGAAGUUUCUGGGGAGUUACCUGGCCUCUAGCCAUCAGAAGUCCCUGCCUGCGCUUCCCGGAGGAUUGGGCCCUAUCCAGCGAGAGCUGGAAGAGAUUGCGGUCAAGUACGUUCGUCUCGUCAACUACAACAAGAUGGUCUUCAGCCCUUACUACGACGCAGUCCUGGACAAAAUACUGGCUAAGGAAGAAGCUCAGCACCUGCCGAAGGCUGAAGAAUCCUAAAACCAGUUGGUAUGCUGCCAGUACGGUACUAAAUUGGUUUGCUAUUUAAAAAAGUAAAUGCACCAAUAUUUGUCUAGAAAAAACAGCUUUCCAUGUAAACACUGGUUCCUUUAAUUCACUAGCRGUGAUUGAUGAGAAACCGCAUGCAGAAGCGGGUCUGAGGUGAGUGAUGGAAAGGAGAUGAUUUUAAACACAGGUGUGCAACCCGGCGCGGGGCGAGCGCGGCUGCGGCRUUGGAGAGCCUGAGCAGGGCUAGGCAGGACAAAUUGGACAUCCAAAUCCUGUCCUUCACUGGCUCCUUUGGGGGCUUUCUGUUUCCUAAUUUACCAUGAAGUUAAAUGUUUAGUCCAGAGCAGGUUCGAAAGGGCCCUUCCCAGCAGAGUGAUUUGGCUUUAAAAAAAAAAAAAAAAAAUUAAAGACUGAGGGCGCAAGCUAUGGGAAAUUUUAACAGGCAAAAAAAUAAAGCCAAACAGCACUUUAUUGUAACAUUAUAGUUAGUAGGGUAGACUACAAGUGUUUUUUCUGCAUUUUUAAUGGCAUUUUUUUGCUGUUUAUCUGCAGAUGUUUCAAAAAACRUAAUAUAUUUUUGUAGCAAAUUUUCUGGUUAUUGAGCAACUGUCCUCUGCUAUGUACAGUACUUACAGAGGUGGCAAUCUUAUAGAUUGCAGCUGUAUUUAUUUCUUGUAAAGACUUCAGAAGGGCAGAGUUCAAGUGUUUUGAUAAAA